AGUUGUCUGCACGUUUUUAAAAGCCGGCCAAAAAUCGCCAACGACUCGAAACCGAAAUCCAAAACAAAGAUGUUUAUGAACUCCAAUCUCUUCGAGCCGGGCAAAUCGAAGCCGGAGCGUAACUUCGUCCAGCUGGCGGCGAAGCAGAGCCAGCGCUUCGACGGCCGGCGGCCCAACGAGUGCCGCGACGUGGAGCUGACCUUCGGCGCGGAUUGGGGCACCGUGGCCGUUUCCCUGGGCGCCACAAAGGUGCUGACCCACGUGACCUGCGACCUGGGCGCACCGACCACCUCGCGUCCCAACGAGGGCAAGCUCCAGCUGAACGUGAACCUCGGAGGGGUGGCCUUUCUGGACGAGCUACAGACGACACAUGACCAGCGAUCCCUGACCCUCAAUUCGCUGCUGGAGCGCACAUUCCGCAGCUCCAGGUGCGUCGACCUGGAGUCCCUGUGCGUGGCCGCCGAGCAGCAUGUGUGGUGCAUCCGCGUGGACAUCAGUGUGCUCAAUCACGACGGCAAUCUGUAUGAUGCCAGCACCAUAGCCACUUUGGCCGCCCUGAUGCACUUCCGCCGGCCGGAUGUCACCUUUGCCGACGACGAGCUGCGGAUUUACACGGAAAAGGAGCGCGAGUUUAUCCCUUUGUUGUUUCUCCACUAUCCCGUGAGCGUCGCCUAUUGCAUCUACAAGAGCAGCGGCCAGCCCAUUGUGGAUCCCACGCUGCUGGAGGAGAACGCCGCCGAUUCGGUGAUUGUCCUGAGCUUUAACUCCUACCAGGAGCUCUGCACCUUGAAUGCUGGAGGCACUGCACCCACAAACGUGCGAACCAUCAUGCAAUGUGCCCGCAAUGCUGCGACUAGGGCCAAAUCCCUGGUGGAUUACAUACGCAAGGCCCUGUCGCUGGACGAAGAGCGGCGGCAGCAGGGCGGAAGGCGGUUCCAGGGACUGGUGGCUCUCAUAGGCGAGAAUCAGCACAAGCUGAGCUUCAACCAGCUGAUGGGGCAGCAAAGGCAGGAAGUGCCAGCUACUGCAAGUGAGAAAAUGGAGGUGGAUGUAAGCAUAACUAAGCCGGAGAUCGAGGAGAUUCAGCCGGAGGCCAAACAGGAGACAGGAGACGCACCCAUGGACUCGAGCAGCUGGCUGCCCCAGGAUGAGGACUCCCAGGAGCUGCCCACGCCCUCGGAGGCAUCGGCAUCGAAGGGCGCCAAGGGCAAACAGAAUCGCAGCAAGAGCAAGGCCAACAAAAAGCAAUUGGCCAAGAAACCAAAUCACAGCGACUCCGAGGAGGAGGCCAAGCCAGUCAUCUAG